AUGGUGACUACAGUAGCCACUACAAUUAGAGAAGCCAUCAGCUCGUCAUUUACCGUGCCUUCCACGCAACUGAUGACCGUUCAAGUGCCGGGAACCAUUAUUGAUCCAAGUGAAUUUUGCUGGAAUGAAACCAUAGAUUCGAUCAAACCGUUAGGCGUUAGAAUUGCCGAAGCUCAAUUGGUUGACAACCAAAUCCCAAUUAGCAAAGUAAUGAUCCACCGCACUGGGAAAAGUGUUUCGAGAAGUUAUCUUGCUGCCUUGGACUGCUUGGUCUCCGUCAAAACCUCUGUCUCAUCUAGCGAAGAUGACAGGAUGCUGACUGGUCGUCAAUCCGAAAUUCGCGAUAGAUAUACCCAGGCCAUGAACUACUUGACGACAAGCGAUGAUAGCGAAUCCGGAAAAUCGAGACUGCAGACGUAUGUGGAGAAGCAGGAAUCUUGGAACCAAGCGGUCGAACGUUAUAACGAAGCUCAAAUGAGACACCUGCAGACCAUCAAGGAAAAAGGAUUGACCGCAGAACAGCAAGAAUAUUCGUUUCUUGAGUGGUUGCAGCUGAAUGGUCGCGAUUAUAAGGCAGCCAUCCAAGCCAAGUACAUGGAUUGGGUUGUGUAUGGGCAUAAAUUCCCAGUCGAGUUCAAUUUUGGACUAGUUGAUCUCGCUUCUGCCAUGAAACGGGUUGAAAGUAGCAAAGAGGCGUUCCGGAACCUUACUCUACUGGCUGCCGAUGGCGUUACUGAAUACAACAGUGUCAAUCUUUUGCCUUCAAACUGGGCCAGUCUGGUACAGCAAAAGAUGGAUGAGUGGCAAAAGUUCAAGAAUAGCCCCUCCAUAAUCGAGCUUCAUGCAGAAAUCAAGCGGCUUCAUCACAUUUUGAUCUCCCAUCAGGGUCUUUACGAUGCUAUUAGCAGCGGCAAAUUUAUCCCACAUCAAUUUAGUGAGACUGAAAACAAAGCUAGUACAACACUACGAGGCCAUUAUGAACAAGCUUACGCGGAUGCCGACGCAAAGAAGUGGGCUCAAGAACAGAUUUCUGCGAAGGGUGUCGAACAAAUUAUGGCAGAGGGCGCCAAAAUACUUACCGGAGAGAACAAGAUAUCUGCAGGUAAGGACAGCAAACCAGCUGUACAAAAAGAAGACAACGUACCGUCAACAUUGGCCGGUGACAUUGAGCAUAACGUGGAAGCAUUCAUCAACCCUUUUGACGCUAUAAUCGCCGAAGCGGAUACCUGGAACAAAGCAUUCACACCUCGGAAAGCUGGAGUCAUGCAGGCCGUCGAUGACGCAGGUAAAGAAGAGGCUAAAAGCUAUGUUAGAAACCGCAUUGAAACCAUCACACGCCAGAUUGAAAAGCUUGAAUCCAAAUUGAAGAGAGUGAGCUCUGAAUUGGUGCCUCUUCCAAACACCAUUGUUGUACCAGAGGUCUAUGCAAAUGGCAAAAUUGUCGACGAUCAUGAACUGAUCGCCAAUAGAAGGCUUUUGGAAGACUCAAUGGUUAAGGAUUCAUCGCCAUGGACUCGCAUUACAAUGAAGGUAGCUGUAUCAGAACAUGACUCGCUCAAAGCGGUGAGCCAAUCUGCUAUGAGUGAAAACUUUGGCGUGGGAUGGGGAUUUUGGUCAAUGGGAAUCGGCGAGUCCAACUCAUACCCUAAAGACGAGCCAGAUUCAGCCAUGGACGACCUCGAGGUUGAGGUUUCAAUGGAUUGUAUGGUCGUCGACAUUGAGCGCCCUUGGUUACAAGCGGAGCUCUUUGCUGAUCACCAACUCGAUGCUGCUCCGGGAUUCACGAUUUCGCCUGGGCAUGAGGUCUUACGCGAGGCCGUGGAGCAGGACUUACCCGUGGAGAUGUCUCAUGCACAAUUUUGUAGUUAUCCAAGUGCCUUUAUUGUUGCCUCUAAUGUGGAGUUGGAGUUCCAUGGCAAUACCGCGUGGUUAGAGAGCAGUCUGGAGGCAUCAGCAGCAGAGGCCAGGGCAUCAAUUGGCUGGGGACCCUUUGUACUUGGUUCUAGCUCUUUUAAGAGCUCCAAAUCAGGUUCCAAAUCACGCAUUCAGAGUACAGAGACGGGUGUACAAGUCAGUCUACAGACGCCACAGAUUAUUGCAUGGACACAGGAGCUCUUGCCAGCGCUGCCAAAACGCACGGCAGGGGAUUUGGGCUUAUCUGAACUGUCAUUAGCCGAAUUCUCUGACAUUUUUGCCCCUGCUAGUGUCCUCAUCGAAAUCUGGAAGGCGAUUGAGCUUGGUGCUGCUGGGUUUAGUUUCGAAGAUGAUGGUCGAAUUGCUUUUGACUCAAAACAAGAUUUCCGCAUCCGAGUAGACCUUGUCGAAGCAGGUGGUGAAUAUAUCAACCAGAUAUACGCCACAGUACCAUACUUUGGAGCCUCUCUAGCAUCUAAGGCGGAUCUUCUCAGACUAAGAGCAACAACGAUAGUAGAACGCCAAGAUGAUGGAGAUAUGACAGAUUUUCGAUGGCUACUCGAAGAGGUGGCCAGAGAUGGUGAAAGUCUUCCAACAUUAACUGUGAAAAAAAUUGGCGAUUUGUUGGCUGUUGGUGCACAAAUCGGAGUACUCGAUCGUUUGAUCCUGGCUGCCAUUAUGGGCACACACAAUGAAGAUGCUGCUUUGCGGCUACUCAAAUUGCGAUAA